AUGUCGAAAAAGAUAGAAGAUUUUUUCAAAAAGGUUCCAAAGUCUGAUGUUGAAGAGUCUUCGUCAAAUAUAGCCGAAUCGCUUCCCGAUGACAAAUCAGACCCAGUCAAACUUCAGCAAGAACUAAAAGAAGGACCAUGUUGUGUUGACCUAGCUUGCGAACAGUUAACAGAUCAAAUAAAGAAGAAAGUUUUGUUAGAGUCCUGGGAUCAGUGGCUCGGUUUUCCCUUUCCACAAAGAAAAGUACAUGGCCGCGAGAGAAGAUUCUACUACACCUGGUUGAAAGAACAUCCAUGGAUGCGCUAUUCCGUCUCCAAAGAUUCAGUUUAUUGCGUGCACUGCUUCAUAUUUGGAGAUAAGUCUGGAAAGGAGAGGCCAUUCAGAUCUCCAGUAGAUGACUGGAUCAACCUUUCCACUUACGUCAAGCGUCAUGAAGCAGAGAACUCACCUCACCAUGGCUGUCAGAUUUCGGCGGAUCAUUUUAUUGAUAUUAUGACUGGAAAGGAUGACUCAAUUGUAUCAAAACUCGACUCUUCUCACAAAGCAGAUGUCAACAAAAACAGACACAUAUUGAAAAAGAUAAUCGAGGUGUUGCUGCUGUGUGGUCGGCAAAACAUUGCAAUCAGGGGGCACACUGAAGAAAAGAGCAAUUUUUGGGCAAUUUUGAAUGUUCUGUGUGCAGAUGAUCUUGUGGUCCAAGAUCACAUCUCCAACCCUAACGCGCAGUUAAAGUACACAUCUCCAGAUAUCCAGAACGAAUUAAUUGAAAUACUGGCGUCUCAUGUCACCAAAGCAAUUACACUUCGAAUUAAGGAGUCACCGUACAUCGCCGUUCUUGCAGACGAAUGUACAGACAAAUCUACCAAAGAGCAAUUGUCUGUCUGUGUGCGUUACCUUGAUACGACAGAAAACGGUGAAAUAUGUGUUAAAGAAGACUUUUUGUGUUUCAUACAUGUUAAGAGCAUUAAGGGGGAGGACUUGGUUCCUGAAAUCAUACAAGCUCUUCGGAACUUUGGCCUGGACAUUGCAAAAUUAAGGGCUCAGGGAUAUGAUGGGGCAUCGAACAUGUCUGGAAAAUUUCGCGGUGUACAGGCAAUUAUAAGACAAACAGCUCCGCAUGCCACCUAUGUGCAUUGCAAGUCGCACCAGUUAAAUCUUGCCCUUGUUCAUUCCUCUUCCCAAGCCUGUGUACGGACCAUCAUGGGAACGGUGCAGGAUAUCGCUUUUGCUUUCGAUUAUUCAGCAAAGCGCUUGCAGUACUUCAAAAAUGAGCUCCUCGGUGACCAAAACGCCAAAGAUCAAAUGGAGUCUAGGACCAAACUGAGAACACUGUGCGAAACGAGAUGGUCUAGUCGUGCUGAUGCCUUACACACGUUCAAGGCUUCAUUCAGUGUCAUCGUUAGUAGUUUGGAGGCGUUGAAGAACGACGGAGAUGACAAAGCGGGUGGAAGAUUGGCAGCAAUUUUGAGGUUCGAGUUUAUCAUUGGGCUGGUCGUUACUGAACACAUCCUCAGCGGCACUGUUGCGCUUUCCAACCAUCUACAGUCAGUAGACUGCGACCUUAUGGAAGCCGCCACUGAAUGCAGGACUGUAAUAAGUAUGCUCAGAAAUGAACGAGCGGAUGAUGAUGUUUGGAAUGAGCUGUUUGACCAGGCUGUCGGCGUAGCCGCAGAAUACGGUAUUCAACCUUGCGUCCCGAGACAAACUGGACGACAGCAGCAACGUGCAAACUACCAGAUACCCGACCCAAGGCAAUAUUGGAAAGUUAGUCUGUUCUUGGUUUUUCUUGACCAUUUGAUCACAGAGCUGGAGACACGGCUAUUGGAUAGCGAGGGUAGAUUCAAAGCAGAGACGCUCUUCCCACGUAAUCUUCAGCAACUCACUGACGAUAUUGUCAACGCAGUGUUUGAUGCCUUUGAAGUAGACCUGUCCGACAAGGCGUCUUACCUGACGGAAGUUCGGCGAUGGAGAACCAGAUGGGUAGCCAUUCCACUAAAGGACCGACCAAGAGGUCUCUGCGAAAUCCUGGAUCGGACAAGUCGAGAUCUAUACCCAAACAUUAGAAAUAUCUUUAGUGUACUUCUCUCAAUGCCGACAUCGACUGCAUCAGCCGAACGAUCUUUCAGCUCGAUGAGACGAAUUAAGACCUACCUCCGGACAACAAUGACGACAGAACGGCUGUCUGCUCUUGCUGUCCUCCAUACCCAUCGGGACACUCAGGUUGACAUAGAUACUGUCAUUGAUGACUUCGCGGCAGCAGUCUCGAAAGUUGCAAUUCGUUUAAACCAAUACCGGAGGAUCAGAAUGAUGUCUUUUUGUGGUAGAUAA